UGGAUCGCAAGGAAUGGCAGCUCUUGUGCAAAUCGUACAACUACUCGAUAGCAUACUCGAACUCGGGACAUUGACAGAGCAGCCUCGUCGAUCUAGUCACAAACCCGACCGCGACCGUCUUUUCAACGACGCUCUCAAGGACCUCAUUCAGACGGAACAAUGGCUGGUUCAUCACUUGCUAGCCGGAUUUGCUGGUCCAAACUCAUCGUCGCUAGCACGCUCUUGUGCCUCUUGUUCGGUGCGCAGGGCAGCAGCGCGACGGCUUUGACAACGUACCUGCAGGGGAACGAGAAGAGCUGUUUCUAUGCGGAUGUCGAUGGCAUUGGCGAGAAAGUCGGUUUCUACUUCUCUGUUCAAUCAGGAGGAUCGUUUGAUAUAGAUUAUACGGUACAAAGUCCCUCGGAAAAGGUCAUCCUGGAGGGCACGGGGGAGAGACAGGGGGAUUAUAUCUUUACCGCGAACACCGUCGGGGAAUAUUCGUUUUGUUUCGAGAACGAGUCGAGUAUGACUGCCAAACUUAUCGAUUUUGACAUCAUGGUCGAAUCAGAGCCCCGUCGAUCCUUGCCCGUCCAACAAGGAUCCAUCGCGGAACACACGUCGAGCUUGGAAGAGAGCAUCUACAAGUUGAACGGCAUGUUGAGUAAUCUCGUGCGAACUCAAAAAUACUUCCACACCCGUCAUCACCGAAAUCACUCGACGGUGCUUUCCACGGAAUCCAGGAUCUUUUGGUACUCAAUCCUGGAAUCCCUCGCCAUCGCAGGAAUCGCAUUCGCGCAGGUCUGGGUUCUGAAGAGUUAUUUCGGCAGGACGGGUCGUCGAGCAAAGGUAUAAGACCGGGGUCGCCGAAGCAGCGCUGUUGGAUAUUUGCCCGUCAAAUGUAGAUUGAUCAAUUUCAUGACUUUUCGAUACUGGUCAGCCAUAAGUGUGAGGUGGUCAUUAUUGCGAUCUG